UGAAGCCUCACUUGAGAUGUUUCCUCCUCGUGGAAAAAAAUGCGAGUGGCUCUCUGGGUGCCUUGGCCCAUUUGGUCUCGAAGCUUAGUUAAAAAAAAGAAAGCAAAGGGAGUGGCGUAGGAAGGCCUAGUUGUGCCUCUUCGUAGCUGUGAUGCCAGGGGUCGAGGGCUGGCUGGGUAGACCAGGUGCAGCGAAAUAUGUUAAACAGUGAUGGCACUGAGCAGUCGGGGGUGUGCGCUUUGCUUCAGCACCUGUAACCCAAGGAUGGUAGAUGUCAGGGAUGGGAUGACAGGGAACAGGUCGCUGUGGAACGGGGGUAUCAAAGAUACGGCCCAUGGGAGUCACAUUUUCCAACCCCUGGUGCUGGACCUGGGUCUCAAGUUAAUCCACAUGGUGUGCACCCAACCUGCGCUGCAUGCAGGCCCCAGGGCACAUGAUGCACAAGGCACAUGUGCAGGGCUAGUGUGGGACUUCCCUCGUAUGCCAGUGCUGGCACCCUCGGUGCCCGUUCAGGCCGGUCCGGGAUGUGAGCCUCAUGUGCCACCCACUCCAGCCGGUCUGGAGCAGGCACCACGUGUGGGUGCAGUUCCGGACCAAGGAGAGUGGGUGCUAGAUCCAGCGUGCAGGUAGUGGGGGUCUUUGGGUCUCCCAUAUGCUGGGUCCAGCACCUGCUUUGUGCAGUCCAGGAGUACGCUGCAUGUGGCACCUGCUACAGGUAGUCCAAGACUCGCUCUGCAUGUGGGGCCCAUUUUCGUGGAUCAGCUGGAGCAGGCAUCUCAUGUAGCUUACAUCCUGAUCUGGCCAGAAUGGGUGCCACAUGCAAUGCAAUCCUGGACUGGCUGAAGCAGGCUCCACAUGCACUGGAUCUGGCAAGCGAGUGUGCGGGGUAUCCAUGGGGCCAGCCCCACACCAUUCAUUGGGCCCAUGGGCCAGAUGAGUUUGACACCCCUGCUCUAGAUGUAUCCUGUUCAUAUGCUCUCCCUGAAGCAUCCAAUCCUGCCACGGUGAGAACUGGGCUAAAUGGACUUUUAGUCUGACCCAGUCUGGUAUUUCUCAGGUUCACAUAAAUGAUGCUGUAAUGCAUGGAGGACUGUAAAGUGGAGUAUUCUUCUCCAGUGAGGGCUGGAGGUGAUGUAUCAGCAUGAGCAUCAUUAUGAUGCCUAUUAACAAGGUUCAGAGAUAGUUUUAUCUAUCACAUGCAUUUAUGUUUGUACAAGUUUAUAGAAAAUUAUUUUUAAAUUAAAAAUUACAUUUACUGUAAUGAUGCAAGCUAAUGGUUCUAUUGUGAGGAUUAAGCAGCUCAAAAUAAUUUUUUUUUCCUGUGCUAUUACUUUUGUUGGUUUGUAAUUUAACCUUCUACCUUUAUCCUUUCCCCAAAACUUAACAGGAAUGCAGCUUAGCUAAUGCUAGUAUCUGAGCUAGUUUUUUCAGGUACAGCUUGUGUAUCUACAUGACACCAUGGGCUCCAUAGUGAAUAUGUGCCUUGCUUCUGGCCACUAGCAUUCAUAAAAUUAUUGCCAUCUGAAAGACACCUAAGUUUCUGUUAGACAGCAUGUGCGUAACACUGCUACUACUAUGCUCUGCAGAGCCCUAGCUCAUCCCAACGUCUUGGGGGUUCAGCCCAAGUGUGUCAUCCCAAGGGGCCAGCCUAUCUCCUGUUGAAGUUUUCCUAUUAAAAAUAUUCAUUACUAAAGGAAUCAAAACUCAUGGCAGUGGUGAUAUCUUUUAUUAGAUCAACUAGAUACUUGCAAAAGCUUUUGGGCACAAGCAGCCUUCAUCAGGCAUAGGAGAGUGCAAGGAUUAGAAAAGUUCUCCUAGGUAGAAAUGAAAAUUCAUAUUUUGUUAAGACUAGGAACUUUCAACCUAGUUUUCCCACUCCUGGUUCCACUAGAGAGCAGAGGACCUAGGAGUAAGUUUUUGCAACUCAUCCUUUUUUGAUCUUGGGAAGAUGAAUAGCCAGGUUUCUCUCUCUGGAUUAAUCUUUUGGUCCUACAGCUCAUCACAGAUAUGUCCAGCCAUACCUUUCCCAGUGGCUGAUAGGGAAAGAUUCUUCCUUAACCCUUUCUGACUGAGAUCCUACAAAGUUAUUUUGCUACCGAUCCCGUGCAUUAGACUGGUAUUUGUGCUGUCUACAAAGCCUCUGGCCCUGAGCUACAUUCAAAUGAUGCUUAGCAGCCCAGUCGAAGUCCAAGGGCAAACCCAGACCCAUCACUUGGGAAGUAGGUAAUUAGGCACAGGUUGGGGUUCUGUGCCUCCUUCCUGUGGUACCUUAAAAGGUCAUUCCUUUCUGGUGCAUAGUGCUCCACUUCUUACAUGCAUUCGCCCUACAUUAUUUUAAAUUACACUAUUAUUGUACAUUUAUGUACCCCAAUUAGGGGUGGAUCCAUGAUUUGGCAAAGGCAGGUACAGGAGAAACCACCUGUGCUGCAGGGGUGGCUGCACCCCUGCUCCCAGCCAGCGUCCUCCUGUGCAACCUAACAGUGUGGACAUACUGCGCCAAGUCCCCAAAACAGGUGAAAAUCCCCUCCAUACUCAAAGGCAUGUCCCUUCCCCUGCUCUUGUUGCUUUCCUACUGUUCCAGGUAUGGGGCAAGGUUCAAAGCAAUUCCUGCCUGUGGCAACCAGGCUGCCUGCAGGAUGGGCUCAGUGACAGUGACAGCAGCAGCAUCGGGCAAGGAGGGUUGGGGCAAAAACUGGGCUUUGCAGUAUAUUCAGAAGUUUAACAAACCUGGAGUGUAAAGGACUAAUGCAGAGAGUAAGGUCUAUCAUCAGUAAAUCCAGCUGCCUGGUAGCAGUCUCCUCAUCCGAACAGAACUCUAAUUUGAAUGGCUCUGCUCAUCGCUUGUACAGAAUUCACAUAUGGAAAAAUAUGUUCUCUGGAGGAAUCAGAGCUGCGUGUGUCAAAAUCAAUACUGAUAUCUGCUUGCUACGUGUUCAGUUACCAUUACAAAUUGUAGGGCAAAUGAUGUAAUAAUGCCAGUAACAUGCUCUGCACAAAAAGCCCACCUAACCAUUUUGCUUUGACUUCAGGUUCUGAGUCACCCCCCAAAAUGGAUGGUGUUAUUGUUCAGCCACUUUGUGAAGAUAGUUUUAAGAUCUCUCUUUUCGCCUUCCCAAGGCUUUUCAUAGGGUUUUAUUUGUUGGAUGAAAUUGGCACAGUUAAAAAUUCUUAGUUUUUUAAAUUUAAAUGCAUUGUUCUGUUCCCAUUGCAGCCAGAGGGAAUUUUGCUUUAAAUGGUGGUGGGAACAAGAUGGGGGACAUUUUAUGGUAACUGUUGGUGUUUUCUUUUUGUCACAAACACUUAUUUCGGUGAAUGGUUCCUGUGUAUUUGGAUUGGAACGAAUAAUUAUUAGAAAUAACUUUACUUCUAUUAUAAUCUAUUUUUAUUGCACUUUCAGGCCUACUUAAAUGUAUGUAGUCUUAUGUAAGACAAUAUAUAAUAUAACUAUAUAAAAUAAAUGAGAAAGAGAUUGAGAUGUGAACAAUAAGAGAUUGUUUCAUUUUAUUUUUUUUUUUUUUGCCAUUUGUCUUCUGUUGCUUGCUGAACAGCUGUGACCUUUGUCCUAUAUAUUCUUCACGAGACACAUGUGUUCUUGGUAGGGUCUUCUAGUUUUCAAUCAUGCAACAUGUAUUUUGUCAUGUUUGAACAGAAUAAUAGUUUUUGGUAGAGUGAAACUAAUAAUCUUCACAUCAAAACUAAGAACCCGAUAUUACUGUAUCUUAAAACCUCCUUUUGAUCCUAUUGAAAUCAAUGGGAGUGUUAUAAACCACAGGGCUUAUAAAAUGUUUUAUAAAAGGACAAGGAAAAAGAAAAUUAUGUAACCAACAACAUUAAUGAACCAGAAGUACAUCUUAAUAGAUGGUAAGGGUGAGGCUCCUUACCAAUAUACCUUUUCUACAGCUAUAUAAUAAAUCAAUACAAAGAUACCACCACUUAGAGCCUAUUUUGAAUAACAAUAUAAGUCAAUUUAUUCAUUUUAUAGAACAUCUUUUAAAUCAAUUUACUAUAUAGCUAUGGGUGUUUUCUUUGCUCUGAGAGGAUCUUCAUUCCCAGUUGUAUGUAUUUCAAAGAUAGGAGAUAUAUAUCAAAGAAUGUUGGCUUAAGGCUAUGCUUUCUAGUUUUUAGGAUUCUCAUGGCCCAAAAGCCAUCAAUACUUUUAAAGGUCAUUAUCAAUUAUUUAAAUCUAAAAGCAUGAAAACAAACAUCAAAUUAUAUUUUGAAGGAUGAAAUUGUUAGUUUUCUUGAACUUGAUCCUGAUCCUAUUGACACCUGUAUAAAUUAGGAGUACCUCUGACAAAGUCAGUGGCAUUGUACCAGCCUAAAUUUGUUGUGUGAGAAAUACCAGGUCCCAGAGGAGAGGAGGGGUCCUUGAAGCUUUAUCAUGGCAUUUUCAAAGCUUGAUUUUCAUCAACUUGUGACUGCUCCCAGUGCAGCUAAUAGUACCACUCACUCACUUCAAUAAGAACAGCAUUAUGGCAAUGCUAAGUCCUUUUCAUAUUCCCACCCUAAAUUACUAACCAAUUGUAGCUCAAAUAUCUAUUGUCUGCUGUAAAUGGUCAGGGCAGAUUGCUCCUUUGUCUUUGUUCCUCUAGCUCCCUCACAAUGAUUUUCCUGAGUACACUGUAGAGCUGGGUGUGUACUUUUGUUUUUACUGCUUAUCCACUUUAUUUUCUAGCCUCAUUCAACCCCCUCUAUUGUUCUCCUUUAAAGACUAGGCUAAUUAUUUGUAUGUUUUUUGUUUCCUUUUAUAGACUUUUAAAUACAUUCCAAUAAAAGUCAAAGCCUGAGUCAGAAUGUAGGUAGAGUGUGCCCAGCCUUCCCCUCGUUUUGUGCCUCCUGAUAUGUGAGCCUCACCUUUUAUCUGCUGAGAUCUUUUCUUUUAUUUUUGGAUGUCUCCUGAGCAAAGACUAUCAAACAUAGCAAAUCUUAUCAUUGAUGGUACUGAUCUUAAAAAAAUAUCAACAAGCCAUUUCAUCAGACCUGAAAAGCUUAGCUCAUUACCAACCUGGUCCCCAAUCCAAUAGAAAUUAUAAAUACAUUUUCAUUGUUCAGAAAUCAGAAGGUAUUUAAGGAAUGGAUUUUGCUGUUACUGUGUUGACUGAUGACCCAUGAAGACAACUGAAGUUGGCAGACAGGAGUAUAUUAUGAAAGCAGAUGUGAAUCAACUGUAGUACACUAAAAAAAAUACUAUAGUUCCACAGUCAUGGGAAUUUAUGUAUGCUGACCCCACUGAGCUUCUGCAGAUAGGAUCAGGAUACCGGCUAAGUACAUACAGUCAAAAAGCCCGAAGCUGAAUCAAUUUCAAUCUUCACAGGUUAGUCUAAACUGCAUAGAUUGAACCAAUGAGCAAGUAAACAGGCAUUCACUUUUAAUUCCAGAAAUGCAGCCACAUACCCGCAGUGGCCCAGGCCAGAAGCCGGGGGACACUAGAGAAUGCUUCCCUGCUCAGCUGGAGCAGAAAGCUUGGGCCAAAGCUAGUUACUCAUCCUGUGAGUGGGGGUUUGCAGGGAGGUACAAAGCAUCUUGGGAUGCUGGGGCAUUGUGAGUUAACUUGAAUCUGGAGGGAUCUGGGGCAGAAAUUCAAUAAACUGAUUUAACCUAAAUCAGUUAAGUCUGAUACUACAUCCUGUCAGAGCCUAGUGGUUGAGUGCCUCGGCACAGUGGAACUUUCUAGCACAAGACACGGUGAGAUUUUGUACGAGGGAAUUUCUCGGCAUGGUAGAGAACCCCAGCGUGGAAAGGUUCCCGCCACUCAUAUGCAAAUUCACACACUACUAUUGGCUGGUUCUAAAUUAUUCCUAUGUGGCGACUAGCAAUUGGCUCGCUAGCCGUAUAAAAGGUUGGAGCAGUUUCCGCCCAAGUUGGAGAACUCCGCGCCCAUCUUGGAGUGAACGUGGCGGACUGAUCAACCGCUGACGACUCCCCGUCGCUGACCAUCCUGACGUACCCCGUGUCCUGCAUGCUCGUAUUCAGACCCGUUAGAAAGAUAUCUCGUCUUAUCAGAGCUCCUCGGUUAAACUGAAACUGAAGUUUGAAGUUAACUUUCUUCCUACGCUGUACAUCUCGACAGUGUAAGUAAAGCCAUCUUUGUUUGAACCAGUACGCGUUUGUGCCUAAUUCUACUCCAGCGGUCAAAAGUACCCAUCUGUACGUGCUGGGUUUGUGGCCACAACCCAGUCGACCCUUUCCCGGAUCCCCCUCGGCCCCCACAUGGCGUCACGAACAGGAUCAGGAUCAGGAUUGGGAACAGGAUCAGGAUCAUCAGGAUUGGGAUUUGGGGAAGACCCGAUGGAGUUAGAAUUAGUUGGGAGCUGCCCCUGGCGUAGUGGGAGACGCCACGUGUUGAACGCCGCAGAACUAGGCGCCCACAUCGCCUAUCAUCAGGCGGGCGGAAUAAGUGAAAGGUGCGGCUACCUUUCACUGAAGGGGGAAGAAGAAGAUUCGGAAGAAUGGGAAGCACAUCUACACCCCGGAGCGUUCGGGUGUGUGAUGAGCAGUGAGCGGGUCUUGUUUAAGCCCCGGGAGGAAGGGGGCACUGCAUCCUUCGCCGGGUUCGAGCCGAGCGAGGUGAGCCCGACCCUCAGCCAGGAGUUUGCCCGCUGUACGCGACUCGUGCGGGAGGGUGGAGAACCAACGCCGACCGGCCGCUUCAGUCCCCCAGCCCUGACAUUUGGGUUGAAGGGCCGCGAGGUUCUUUCCGAGCUUCAUGAAGGUCUAGAGGUGGAGGAACGCGCCACCUCCGAGAGGGCAGGCCCGAAAGACAAGGGGAGAAUGUUGAGUGUACUGUUCCGCGCCAUAACAACUUUGCUGUGGAAGAAUGCAGAUUUGGAAGCCCAGCUGCUUGCAGCCAUUCAGGCAGCUAAAGAAGCAGUAGUAGAGAAAAGCCCCGAGUCGACGCCACUCCAAGAUGGUGCCGAGGAAGAAGCGAGCUGCCCGGAGAACCCAGAAGAGAAGGGCGGGUCUUCAGGAGAGUCGGCGGGAAUCCACCCAGCAACCCCGCCCACCGAGGUGACGUCGCUCCUGGCAGCCCUGCCUCCUUACUACGGGGAGGGGGCAUCGAGUGGAGGGUUACAUCCGCCCCUCCCACUAGAUACAGCAACAGCUCUGACAGCAGCUUGUUCUGCAGUGACAGUCAGCCGAGUAACUAAUGUGCAGGGUACAGUCUGCACCACCUAUCGCGCCUGCACUUGGACUGAGUUACAGGAACUGUGUAAAGAAUCAAAGAUAAAGCCUGAAGAGACUCUAGCCGUGUGGUUAGGACGUCUGGUCGUGGGAUUUGGAUCCGACUUGUUGGACUUGGAAGAGGCUAGUGUCCUAACCCAACAAACCUCGUGGAGUGGAGGGCACACCACCGACAUAGACCUAGUGACGUGCAACGUUCAUUGGCUCAUUCCACUUCCAGUGCUUGUCGUGGGCCAGGUCGAUCACAAAUCCCACAUGUGGCACAACGGCCGCCCAUCGAAGGUCAGUGCAGAGCAGAUUCUACUGGCGAUAAUAAGAAGCUCAUACUGUUCCUGGAACUCCCGAGCGCGCGCGCUGGGACUGACACCGCCCCAGCAGCGAAGACCGUGGCCUCACCGCCACCUGCAAAACCUGGGAACUGUUCCGGUGACUUUCAAUGGCAUAGAAGCCUGUGUUGAAGUUUAUGGAGGAAGAAACGCCACCAUCCUUCGAAUCCUCCUCAACCCACUAGCUGGCCAACCUGCGAGUAAUCUUUUACGACAACUCCCGCGGUUACAGGCCCUCAUGAAGUUGGACACAGGAACCUCUAGCGAGUUAGAGUGAAUGUGGCACCGCCGCAAAGAACACUAGAGGAGAGGAUCAUGUUUGGAUUCCUCCUGCAACAUUCUAGGCUCACGAAGCGGCAGCUGCAAAUCCUGGGAGACGCGGGCCAAUGGCAACUGGCCUAUGAACUAGGUUUCCAGUAUCCAAGAGAGUCAGACGACGACUCCGGGACGUCCUCAUCUCGCUGAGCAAGGACAAGACCACGCAGCGUCUGUGCAUGGAUCGUCAUCCGUGAUGGUGCAUCUGCGGGUGUGUGAGAGUUGUCCAGAGCCGAGUCGUGUCCGAGCACCUGUAUCGUGUGCUUUGAAAAAAGUGGGAAGCCGCGAAAAAAAAAAUCUGAUUAGCUGUUCCGUUGCGUGCGCGGCUCCAUAUAGAUAUUGUAAUAUAAGUUAAUUAACUGUUCAAAGAAUUCUUUCUUGACAGUUGUUUUGUCCGAGGCUCUGGAUACGUGUCAGAGGCGGACCCAGAGAGAGGUGGAGAAAACGCAGAGGCCUGACUUCGCCAUGACACCUAUUGAACUCCUCGUGAUUGAACUUUUUGUAACUAAUGUACUUAUGUGUGUUUGUGUUUGUAUUGGUUAUUAUUUGAUUCGAUCCUUUGAGGACGAACUUUUUUCGUUGUAUGUUUUUGUAUAUAACCGGUUACCUUAUGAACCCCCUGAGAGGAACGAUGACUUAGACGACGUGCAUGUGCUCCAAUUUCCAGCUGUGCCAUCGGCAAGGGGGCAUGUCAGAGCCUAGUGGUUGAGUGCCUUGGCACAGUGGAACUUUCUAGCACAAGGCACGGUGAGAUUUUGUACGAGGGAAUUUCUCGGCACGGUAGAGAACCCCGGCGUGGAAAGGUUCCCGCCACUCAUAUGCAAAUUCACACGCUACUAUUGGCCAGUUCUAAAUUAUUCCUACGUGGUGACUAGCAAUUGGCUCGCUAGCCGUAUAAAUGGUUGGAGCAGUUUCCGCCCAAGUUGGAGAACUCCGUGCCCAUCUUGGAGUGAACGUGGCGGACUGAUCAACCGCUGACGACUCCCCGUCGCUGACCAUCCCGACGUGCCCCGUGUCCUGCAUGCUCGUAUUCAGACCCGUUAGAAAGUUAUCUCAUCUUAUCAGAGCUCCUCGGUUAAACUGAAACUGAAGUUUGAAGUUAACUUUCUUCCUACGCUGUACAUCUCGACAGUGUAAGUAAAGCCAUCUUUGUUUGAA